AUGCUGUCGUCAAGUAACCAGAAUGACGCCUAUGACAAUCCGUUUGCAUCAUCAUCGGAUAGAGAGCCACUCUAUGUGGAACCUGAUCUCGACUUGACCGGCCAAUCGACGUCGCGUGCUGCCAAGCCGAGCAAUGAGAAUCCCUUUGCCAAUGUGAGCGGUAAUAUUGGAUCUUCCACACGACCUACACAAUCUACACAGCCGGCACAGACGUUUUCUUAUACUGGGGAAGAUACAUUGGACGAGCCAGUGACAACUACUAUUCUACGCGACUUGAAACAAGUGGCAAAGAAACUACAGCAGGUGCUUCAUCCAAAGGGAGAUCGUAACGUGUUGAGAGAUUGGGACUUGUGGGGACCGCUCGUUCUAUGUCUUGCAUUGGCCAUUACGCUGAGCGGAAGUGCACCAGGGGAUCAAGCUGUAUCCAUUUUUACCGGUGUCUUUGUGAUUGUGUGGAUCGGUGCUGCUGUUGUCACACUAAACGCCAAGUUACUGGGAGGAGCAGUGUCAUUUUUCCAAUCAGUAUGUGUUAUUGGCUACUGUCUCUUUCCUUUGGUAGCAGCAGCCGUGGUUGCCAUCUUUGUCGAUCUUAUUUGGGUGCGACUUCCCAUUUCUAUUGUCUCAUUCCUUUGGUCUACCUAUGCAUCUGUUGGUUUCUUAUCGGAAUCAGAAGUUCAUUUGCGUAAUAGACGCGCACUAGCGGUGUAUCCGCUAUGUCUCUUUUACUUCAUCAUUGCUUGGCUAGUAUUGAUCUCGUAG